UGAUAACAUAGAUACACGCAAUGCAUAUGUUAUAACGUCUAAAGGGAAAUUGAUAUAAGAUCCGUGUAUUUAGGAAAGAAAUAUUGCAUUAUAGUAAAACUACCCGGUUUUCAAAUCCUCAAAGCAUACUGCUUAUAAUCAAAAACCAAACUUGCAGGAAACGGAGGCAAUGGAUGUAGGUGUUAAAUCUAGAGACAUUGACUUAUCCUUUUCUUCUCCAACAAAACGACAGAGCAAGAAGAAGUCAGAUGCAUCUCCUUCUUCUUCUUCUUCUUCGAGAAACGUUACUACUGCUACUCAAACAGCCUCAACGUCGCAUCUCAUGUCAGUGAAGAUCAUGACUGGAGUGGCUCUAGUUUCUGUUAUCAUUGGUAUACUCCUUGGGAAAAAGUACUAGUCUCUCUCGUCUUCUCAGUGUGGGCGUGAUGUUCAUAUUUGAAGUGAAGAUCUCUCCUUCUUCAUUUGGUUUUUUUUUGGGGGUUUUUGAAUUUUGAUAGCAGAACUAGUGAAGUUAUGCGUAGAUAAUAUUAUAUGCUUCUCUUCUCUCUCUGCUUAUAUUUGCUUGUGGUUGGUUUUUUGUUUUUUUAUGGGUCUGGGGAUUUUGUUUGUACCAGGCCUUGCUUGUAGGUCAAGCAAUUGUCCAGCUAUUGUAUUCAAUUAAAAAUGAAAGGUGAUUGAUAAUUUUAUCCAACUAAACCGGUUCGGUUUACAAUAGACCCGGUUGAGUCAACGCUUAUAUAAACCAACUCCAGUGUUCGUCGUCUCUUUCACCAAAUUUCGCAUUGAGCUUUUUAACACAUACAGUACUGAGAAACCAAGAUGACGACGCUAAACAUGGCGGAAACCCUAGAAACCCUAAUCGAUAACUCCCAAGAAACGGAUUACACGUACGAUCCCGAAGAAGAUGACAUUGAUCUCUCACUCCUCCGUCUCAACAGCUUCGGGAACUCCUCCGAUCGCCGCCGUGCGAACUCGUCUCCUCCGCAGUUUCGAUCAUACGGAUCUUUCGGCUCUUCUUCGACCGCCGGAAUAACCAGCCCCGUGAAACGUCCAUCGCCGGAAUCGAAGGAUGCUGAAGAGCCGAGACGCAAGAAGCUGUUUCUUCAACGGCCUGAGGAGGAAGAGCAAGAAGUAGAAGAAGACGCGAAUCUCAUGGGAUAUUCUAAGAUUCCGCUUCCGGUGGUUGUUCUCAACCCGAAUCGAAUCCGUUCGCCUAUUUACAAGCGAUCUUUAUCGGAUACAUUUGCUGGAUCUAUGCUCGGGUCGGGUAAUUCACGAAACGGCGUCGCUCAAGAAACAUCGCCGCCUUCUGGUAAUGUCCCUUCUUCUCUCCCGCCGCGUCCACCGAUGUUCAGAAGGUCCGUCUCCGAUGUUUCUCCCGCACCUUCCUCUUCCAAGUCUCUUCUCCGAUCUUCUCGCUCCAAUGCAAUUCGUGAAGGUGAUUUCGCGAAUCCAGAGAGCUCUGAAGCCAAUAAGAUGCUGUAUGUUAUCAAGGAUGGAGUUCGUGAAUUGGAUCAAUGGUGUAACAAGCUCCUUAAGUACGGUGAAGCAGCAGUCUCCUCUGGGAAACAAGACGACAGUCCUAAGUGCCAGGUAGAAGAUGAGGUAGUAGUACAAGAGGAGCAACAGAAAGAGGGUAAAGAAGGUGUGAAGGUGGAUAGAGUCGGCGAGGCCUUUGUGGUUGAGAUCAACUGUCCAUGUGGAAGAAACUACCGAACUCUCUUCUCAGGCCGUGACUGCUACUACAAGCUCUUGUAGAAAUGGUGACUGCUACUUUUUGCAGUUGUUGACAUUCACAUUCUUUGAUCUAUCUCAUUCAUCACCAUUAGUUGAAGGAGUAUAUCUCAUGCUCUGCGUAUUCAUCACAUAGGUUUUCUGUAGAUAAACAACAUGACUCACACUGUUUCGUACUUGUAUAGAUACUAGCUAUACACAUUUGUCCCCUUGUCAUAUACACACUGUUUCGUGCUUGUAUAGAUACUAGCUAUACACAUUUGUUCCAUUGUCAUAUACUCUUGGUGUAUUCGGUUACUUGAAACUACACUUAAACAUGUUCAUAUGGAAAGUUUGAUUUCUUGUG